UAUAACUUAAGUGUAAUAAUUUCACAAGCAACCUUAUAAAACCAUACAUUCAUCAUCACUUCAACCAUAUGCUUUUGUGUGAAUAAUAGAAUAGGAAAAUGGAAGAGAGAAAGUGUAGUAACAUGCAUGUUUUAAUGGUUCCAUAUCCAAGCCAAGGUCACAUAAACCCAAUGCUUCAAUUUAGCAAACGUUUAGGCACAAAAGGAGUUAAAGUAACAAUGGUUACAACCAUUUUCAUCUCCAAAACCAUGCAUCUCAAUUCAUCAUCCUUACCUUCAUCUCUUCAAUUUGAUUUCAUAUCUGAUGGAUAUGAUCAAGGUGGCUUUUAUCAAGUCGGUAGCAUAUCAACCUAUCUAUCUCAAAUGAAAACCAUUGGUUCCAAGAAUUUGAAGGAACUCAUUCAAAGACACAAUAGUUCUGAUUACCCUAUAGAUUGUGUGGUUUAUGACCCUUUGGUUCAAUGGGUUUUGGAUGUAGCCAAAGAAUUUGGUUUACUAGGAGCUGCUUUUUUCACUCAAAUGUGUGCUGUUAAUUACAUAUAUUAUUAUGUUUAUCAUGGACUUUUGAAGCUUCCAAUUUCUUCAUUGCCAAUUUCUAUCCCAGGGCUUCCUUUGCUUGAGCUGAAAGAUACACCAUCCUUUGUUAAUGAUCCUGGCUUCUAUCCUGCUUACUAUGAGUUGGUCAUGAAUCAGUUUUGUAACAUCCAUAAAGCAGAUAUCAUCCUUGUCAAUUCCUUCUACAAGCUAGAGGAACAGGCUGCGGAUUCUAUGUCAAAGGUAUGUCCAAUAUUGACAAUUGGGCCAGCAGUUCCAUCUUUUUACUUGGACAAAGGAGUACCAAAUGACAAAGACAAUGAUUUGAAUCUCUUUGAAUUUGAUUCAUCAGCCAUUGAUUGGUUGAAAUCAAAGGCUGCAAGGUCAGUUAUUUAUGUAUCAUUUGGUAGCAUGGUGUGUUUUAGCAUAGAACAAAUGAAGGAAAUAGCAUUAGGAUUAUUAGCGAGUGGUUCAAAUUUCUUUUGGGUGAUUCCUAAUAUAGAGGAAAAGAAUAUUUCAAAAGAGUUGGUUGAGGAAAUUGCUUCAAGUGGAAAAGGGUUGGUAAAGAAUUGGAUACCACAAUUGGAAGUGUUGUCAAAUGAAGCUAUUGGUUGUUUUUUAACACAUUGUGGCUGGAAUUCAACUCUUGAAGCAUUGUGUUUGGGAGUGCCUAUGAUUGGAAUUCCACAAUGGACUGAUCAGCCUUUGAAUGCUAAAUAUGUUGAAGAUGUGUGGAAAGUGGGAAUUAGGGUUGUGGUGAAUGAAAAUGGGAUUGUGACAAAGGAAGAGAUUGGGAGAUGCAUUAGAGAAGUGUUGGAAAAUAAUGUUGGGAGAGAAAUGAGGGUUAAUGUUGAGAAAUGGAGGGAAUUGGCUAUAGAAGCAGUGAGUCAUGGUGGUACUUCAGAUAACAAUAUCAAUGAAUUUGUAAACAGGCUGAAGAGAUCUUGAACUGAUAUUUAUAUUGAUUAUGAGUUUGUAAAUACGUUGAAUAUGUCCCUACUGGUUUUUCAAUUAAUGUUGGUUAUAGAUUCCCUUGAAA